AUGUCCAGCAACCUGAGAAUUCUGUGUGGGGAUUCCUCCCUGGAGCUGAGCGAGUACCAAGACCAGCAGUUUGGUGGAGAUAAUGAUGAGCAGGAGAAAUUGUUGAAGGACAGCUCCACACUCUAUGUGGGGAAUCUUUCCUUUUAUACUACUGAAGAGCAAAUAUAUGAGCUCUUUAGUAGAUGUGGUGAUGUCAAGAAUGUAUUUAUGGGCCUGGAUAAAAUUAAGAAAACGGCAUGUGGUUUCUGUUUUGUAGAAUACCAUAACAGAUUUGAUGCCGAAAAUGCCAUGUUGUUCCUAAAUGGGACCUGCCUAGAUGACCAUACUAUCUGCACAGAUUGGGAUCUCGGCUUUAGAGAGGGUAGACAGUAUAGCCAUCACCGAUCUGGGGGCCAGAUAAGAAAUGAGUUUCGUGAAGAUUCUGAUAUUGGUAGAGGUGGCUUUGGAAAACAGGCUCAGGCCCAUGAUAGGAGAGGAAUCCAUUAG